AGCUUUCAGUGUCCUUUUCGAUUUAUUGAAUACAAACAUAUAUGUUAACUAAUUCUGCGUAAAAUUUGUAAUUGACAAUCAUCACUUCCUGAUCUCAGUCAAUUAAUAAAAAAAGACUAAGCUAUUUAUAUUAAAAUUUGAUCAAGGACUUGGCUAUCUUUUGAGCUAACGAGCGAUAAAGUAUGGAGAGUUUACACGAAAAAGUCUUAUGAUCAAUUAAUGCUUAAAACAACCAAACUUGGAGACCCGGCAUUCGCUUUUAUUUACUAUUUCCCCAUCUGUUUCUUCUUAAAUGGAAAUAUAGGGGUAAAAGUCCUGUGGGUUGCUGCUUUAACAGAAUGGAUCAAUGGUGUUUUAAAAUGGUGAAGUUAUUUCAAUUUUAAAAUUUCAUGUAAUAACGCCAUCUACAGUUAGCUAGGUUAUGUAUUUUACAUUCUAAAACUGAUUCGUGAAUGUUUCUCUGAAGAAGAAACUAAAAAAUACCAUAUUUGAAAAAAUCAAUCGUUUAUCACAGAGCUAUUUUUAAACGUAUGUUUAUUUAUGGUAUGAACUCAAAUCAUGUAUCAUUACAUAAUGUGAGCUGCCUCAUGCUGUUUCAGAUCCUGUAGUAAUAGAGUAAUUUUCAUUUUAUCAACUCCAAAAUGCUCGCAUAGAUAGUCGCGAAUUUCAGGUCCGAGAACUUUGUUGGAAUUCUCAUUGAAAACUCCGAUGCUCUUAAUACUAGCCAUUAGCAUUCUAGUUUCCUUGUCAUUAUUGCUACACAUUCGACAAUCGCCGUUAAUUUGUAUGUAAAUUCGCUCUUUAGGCUUGUUUAAUAGUUUUGACAAAUAGUCAGAGAAUUUUGCCUCAAAAUUCGGAUCAACUUGUGAUUGCGGUAGAUUUGUAUUAAAAGUGCAAACUGGGUAACUGUAGGGGAAAAAAGAUGCAAGUUACUAUAAACUAGUAAAAAAAUGAGAAAGAAACUUUUUGCAGUCGUAUUUUAACUCUUGUAAAUGCUUCUCUCCUACUAGAAAUUCUAUAGCUUUGCACUGAAGGGCUUAAAAGAACUGAAAAGGACUAAUAGUGAUUAGGACUGGCUGAAGAGGUUUCAUAUUCGCUUUUAUUGCUCUGUUAUCAGCAGAUAGUAUAACGAAAAUACAUAUUGAUACACUUUAUAAUGUAUAGUUAAAUGAUGUAAAAAACGUCAUCUUUAAAAAACGAUCUGAGACUUAACGUGACCUAGGGAGAUAAAUAUAGAGUUCUUACGAAAUAUGUGAUUAAUCUUUAGUUUUUAUUAAGAAUUUGUUUUUUUUAACGUGAAGUCGUAGGUUAUAAAUUGCUUAUACUGUCACUCUGUAGGCAAUAAGUUCUGACUAGUAGAGCGUUUUUCUACAAGAAGAGUGAAGAAAAACUAACGAUAUCAAUUCACCAAAGGCAUCCAUCAAAAAAAUCUUUGCAUGGCAGAUGGUUAGGUUUCAUUAACGAUAUUCUUUUUUUUUCUUUUAGCAUAAAGAGUAUACCCUAAAUAUAGUAUCUUAUCGGAUAGAUAGUUAUAUUAAGUUGUUUUAUACUAACGUUCGAUUUUGUUGCCAAGAAACGCCGGCUGUUUGCCGACUAAUUCGAGCUAAUGCGGAUCGGAACAUUUUAUUUUCGUCCUUUUUUCUAGAUGUGUUAAAGAUUUUAGAUGGCCUCAACUCAAUCGAACUUUGUACUAUGUAUCAAUCUUUUUUGUUCAUUUUCAAACUAACUAGCAGAUGGCGCUAAAUAUAUAUAUUGAACACUAUCCAUUAAUUGCCAAGUCUUUAUUAACUUUUUUAACCCAAUUUUUUAUCUCAAAAUAAGGUUUUUAUACGGUCAUAGACCUUAUUGGUAUUCGGCUGUAAGCAAAAAUGCAACUCUACCAGCACUGAAUCAAUAUGAACUAACUUGUGAAACCGGUCCAGGAAGUCCAUCAGGUCAUGCAAUGGUUACUUCAGCUGUUCUCUUUUUUAUUACAAACAGUGUUCUUCGUAGAAUAAUGAAAUAUACGCAUGCAGGACCUGUAAUUGGUAUAUUUGUUUGGUUGAUCUUUAUUGUAAUUGUUUCGGCAGUUGGCAUGUCCAGAUGUUUUAUUGCAACUCAUUUUCCUCAUCAAGUUGUUACAGGAACUCUGUCAGGACUUUUUGUGGCUCUAUUCGUUAGUAGGCUAAACGUGAAGAGAUACAGUUCAGUACAUUAUAUUCUUGUUAGUUUACCAUUACUGGCAAUAGUAUUUGCUUUGAAUUACAGUUUAUAUUAUUUUGGAAUUGAUACGAACUGGUCAUUUAAAUUAGCCGUUAAAUAUUGUAAAAAGAAAGAAUGGAUUCAUUAUAAUACAACUGUCUUGAGUGCAUUUAUACGUGAUUCAGCGUCUCUUCUAGGCUUAGGUUAUGGACUCGAAAAAUUGAAAACGUGGUCGUUUAAACCAAAAUUCACGAUAAAGUAUCGAAUAUUCGGAAUUAUUACAUCGCUGUUGCUCGUGAGAUUUAUUGAGAGAAUUGAAAUACCUACAUCUAGUCCAGCAUGGUUCUAUAUAUAUUUUUUUAUGAAAUAUUAUACUUUCGUUUACGUUGUCAUCACCUAUUUAAAUUUGGGAGUUAGCAAAAGUUUAGAUCUUGUAUUUGGACAAGAUCAAGAUCGAGAUCAAGAUCAAGAUCAAAAGGAUAAAAAGAUUAAAUCUGAUUGAAUAAGACAAUAUAUAUUUAAUAUAUUUAAUUUGUUGUUGAUAUUUCUAUGCGUAUUUGUCAUUAUAAUAUAGUCACUGAUACUGCUGUUUUACACAAGUGCCUGACAAUAGUGUCUACCUUGAUGCUCUGGUUAAGUAUUUUGAUUUUUCAAUAGCCUUUGAAUGUGGUCUAUUCAAUAUAAACAUUACAAAGUUGUUCUUGAAAUUGAGAAUAGAACUUUUUGCGGGAUAAGCAAUACUAAUUGUUUUAAUGUAUAAACAAUCCAUCCGAAUCGAUUGUAUAUUCAUUUAUCAUAUUUUCAUCAAUGCUAAACUAGCAGAGAAUUGUUUAAAUAGUAAUUCAAUACUUUGUUGAAG